AUGAAUAUAACUACAAAUGAAACAAAUAUCAAACUGAAGGAUGUUAAGGAUGACUUGAAGGUUGAUAUUAUGAAAGAAAACAACCAUAAAAGUGAAAUAAAGGUAAACGGUUUAGUCAAUGGGUCACUUAAGGACAUAGGAUCUUUGAAAAUAAACAUUAUAGAUCCGAAAAAUAGAUCUCAAGGAACCAUUGAGAAUGCAGAGAAAAAGAGUAAAGUUCAAAUAUCAAUUAAUGAUAAUGAAAGUCAACUUAACAGUAAUGAUAGGACGAAAAAAAGCUCGGAUAUCGGUGAUACGAAUAAAACAGUGAAAUCUUGCUAUGAUUCAAAUGAGAACAUAAUGCAAUUGGAGAAAUCACAAUCGAGUAUAAAUUGUAAGGAUAGUAUAGACCUUGGUGUAAAUGCAAAUAUGACAUGUACAAACUGUCCAGAAGUUCUAUCUGUGCCUAGUAGUGAUUGUUUAAAUGUAAAUAAUACAAAUGAAGACUAUAAUGCAGAUUUUACGGUAUCUGCAGAUGAAGUACUAGAAAAAUUUGAGAAUUUGAGUUUAGGAUCUGAUCAAUCUAUCUGUAAAGAAAAUUUAAAGAGUGAAGAAUCACCUGUGAAAUAUGUGCAGUAUGAAAAUGAACUUCAGAUGCCCUUAAUAAUGAAAAUUAUCCAGAAAGAUUUAUCUGAGCCAUACUCCAUUUAUACAUAUAGAUAUUUUAUACAUAACUGGCCAAAACUCUGUUUUUUGGCAAUGGAUAAUAAAAAAUGCGUUGGUGCAAUAGUUUGUAAGUUAGAUGUACAUCGAAAAGUAAUGAAACGUGGAUAUAUUGCAAUGUUGGCAGUUGAUAAAGACUAUCGUAAAAAAGGUAUAGGUUCAACUUUAGUAAAAAAAGCAAUUCAAGAAAUGAUCUUAGGAGAUGCUGAUGAAGUUGUAUUGGAGACCGAAGUGACAAAUCAACCUGCUUUACAACUUUACGAAGCUUUGGGCUUUGUGAGAGAUAAAAGAUUAUUCAGAUACUAUUUAAAUGGAGUAGAUGCUUUGAGAUUGAAGUUGUGGCUUAGAUGAAAAUAUAGCUUUCUUUAUUUUGGCUGUCUAUUACUUCAGUGGUUUACUUUAUGUCUCAGCAAUUUGAAUUUCAUGUAGCAAUAAGAAUUAAUGCUUGUUGAUUUUUGUGACUAUGAAAAUUUUUGCACUGGAAAAAUCGACGCACAAUCUAUGUUGGUUUUCUUAUUUAUCUACAUAUCACUUCAAUCAUGAAAUGAUAAUAAGUUGAAUUAUUUGUUUUUUCAAGUUAAUAUUGUUUUUUACAAGUUGAAACAAGUGAAAGCAAAGGAAAUAUUUUUUUACCAUGCUAUUCAAGGGAAAAAAUCGAUUCAUAUUUGUUUCAAUAAAUUGAAGAAAGUUUUUGAAUGUGUGAUGUGUUUUCAUUGAUAUUCAUCUAAGACUCUAUCUAGAUUUUGAAAGCUUAUGUUUCACCACAAUUCAUAAAUAUUGAAAUUGUAUAUAUUUGAGUGUGCAUGGAAAUUUUAUUACUAUCAAAAUAUUUCAUCAUAGAACUUUGCAAGAAAAGCAAGUUUUUCAUACCAGAAUUAUAAUUGUCAUGGAUGAAAUAUAUCACCAAAGAUUAAUUCAAUCAGACAAGGUACAAAUCAAACUUGAUCAAAGUAUUUAUCUUGAUCCUUAUUAUUUGUCUGAAAAACUUUAUAUAUUUCUGAAGAGGCUGAACACAGUAAUGUUACUGAAUUGUUAUGUGAAUAUUACUGAUUUUUCAGAAUACUUCUUUAAUGAAAUCUUUUCUAGUUUUACUAUAUUUUUUGAUGUCUUCCAGAUUGACCCCAUUCUUACUUCAAGUAAAAAACUAAUAGUUACAAUAUUUGAAUAAAAAAGAAUUGUAAGAUUCCUGGUACUUAUAUUAGAUGCUUAUAUCAGAGAAUUGUUUUAUUUUAAUAUUAUUUGUGUACAUAUAUUAGAUUUCUUGUAUUUAAAAUGUAAACUUGUAUGAUAUUUGAUAUAAUAUAAGUUGUGCAGUGUU